UCUUACUGAGCCCAGUAUGCACCUGUGAUUUACUCUGAGUAGACGUCUGUUUUUGCGCUACGAGUCUGCCAAAAUGCUCCCCUCUUGGCUGAACGCGGAGUUUAUUCAGACCAAGUUGAGAGCCUACUGUAAGGAUGAUCAGUUGCGAGUCCUGAAGCUGUGGGGCAAGCCAGCAACUGGCAAGGGGGAGAACUUUAUUGGCAUUAUGACUCGCAUAUGCGUAGACUACGAAGACGGAAGUGGAACGCUGCAGAAUAAAUCAUACAUCCUCAAGCAAACCUGCCCCGCAGAAGCUCCGCAAGCAAGAAUAUUUUUUGAAUACGAUGUAUACACCCGGGAAAUGGACAUGUAUGAGUUUGUGCUGCCCAAGAUGGCAGAGCUGCUCCGAGAGAUUGGAAUCACCGAGAAGCUAACCGCAGACUGUGUGGCUGUGGACCGGCAGCACUCCAUCUUGAUUCUCGAGGAUUUGGCGCCUCUCAAGUAUGUCAAUGCUGACCGAUUGAAGCAAUUGGACAUGGCUCACGCCAAGUUGGUGCUGGAAUUACAGGCAAAGCUCCACGCCGCAGCUGUGAUACUCAAUGAGCGCCAUCCGGAGCUCCUGGCGAAGAAUUUCUCAUCGCAUUUCUUCUGCCGGGAGAAGAACGGAUAUGCAGAGAUCUUUACCAGUUUGUUUAAGUCUUUCAUGAGGUAUGUCAAGACCAAACCCAGCCUUAAUAAUCGCUAUGGUGCCAAGUUGGAGGUGGUCCUUUCCCAUUUAAUGGAGUAUGCAGCUCGAACUGUCGAUGUUGACGCGAAGGACUUCCAGACGCUGAUUCAUGGCGACUGUUGGACCAACAAUAUCAUGUUCCAAUACGAUGAUAGGGGCACUCCGAUAAAUGUCGUGUUAAUAGACUUUCAGUUCUGCACUUGGACGUCGCCAGCCGGCGACCUACAUUACUUCUGCAGCUCAUCCCUGAGGGAAGAUGCAAGAGAAAAGGAAACCGAGCUCGUGCAGUAUCAUUAUUAUGCCAUGAAAAAGACAUUGGCAAAGUUUUCCCAUAAAUGUGUGCUGCCAAGUCUGCUCGAGUAUCAGCUUCAGUUUGAGCGCCGCCGAUUCAUGAGUUUUAUUAUUGCAAAUACAUUACAACCCCUAAUGCUGUACGAGGGCACGGAGGAACCAGAUUUUUAUUAUCUUUAUCAGGAUACGCCGAAAGCGAUGCGUUUCCGGGAUUCGAUGUAUGCCUCUGAAAAGGUCCAGAGAAUAGUGGAAAAGAUAUUACCCAUGGCAGAUGCCAAGGGCCUAUUGGAUCCUCAGUAGAAAAUUCAUGUUUAAUCUUAGCAAAUAAACAGUAAACAAUAAAAGUGCAGUUGGAAUAGAAAGCUAAAAAA